AUGGAGACUUCAGACAAGCUCACACAAAUCGCCACGAAUAUAGUUUUGGAGAAGGCAGCUAAAGACAAGUUUUCUGCUUUAAAGCAGCAACAGUUGCACCGUGUGCACGACCCUCAAAAGAACGGAUCAGCAGGGUCACAAAAUCAAGAAAAAGAUGAGGAGGAACCGGACGGUGAGGGAUUUGACGAUCUCUCUCACUGGAGGGAAAAGAGAAUGCAGCAGCUGAAGGUCUGCCACUUCUACAGCCCCCGGUUUGAGCGAUGCCGCAUCAUGGAUAAGCAUUUGGAGAUCCUCGCCAAGGCCCACCCCGAGACCCGAAUCUUCAAGAUGAACGCAGAGAAGGCGCCGUUCUUUAGCACCAAGCUGCAGAUCCGUUCGCUGCCUACGCUGGUAUUUUUUAUCGACGGGGUGGCCGUGCACUCAGUAGUGGGCUUCACGGAGUUAGGCGGCGUUGAUGACUUCAAAACAGCGACACUCGCGAAGCUCAUGCUGAAGCACAAAGUCUGCGACAAUCUUAUUGCGCAAAUCUCCAGCGGCUCUGAAGAAUCAGAUGGAGACAAUUAA